UGAUGAAGCACCCUCUCUCCCAAAUGUCCCCAUUUAACAAGUAAUCGCCCUCUCUUCAUAGUCAAAUCUAUCUCCAUUUUGCUCCCUCUUCUUCCUGCCCUCUCUCAUAAUAUUUAUUAGGGGAGCAAAGUGCAGGCUCUGAAAUUCCAACUCCCAACCCGAGCUUGAGUCCCGUUUCAUUCUGUCUAGAGAGAGAAGAAGGGGAAGAAGAUAGAUGGUCUGCAAACCCCGUGGUCCGACCAUGCCUGCGCCACCGCCUCGUAAACCUUCAAUCCCAGACACCAAUGACCACAAGCUCUGCGGCUUCCUCCUCGCCGUUCUCUCUCUCAACCCACCAAACCAGGAACAAGAGCACCAUGAACCAGAAGAGUCCCCGCAAUUAACCAUUGAUUCUCCUCUCUUUCUCUCCUCCGAGGGACCCAAUGCGGGUUUUCGUACUGGAGCGGGUCACCUUCUCUCUCCUGUAUCAAAUGAGCCUUCUCUCCCCUCUGGCCAAAAGCAGAUGACCCCAAAUGGCUCUUCUAGUAGGAAACGAAGGAGAGUUGGCCAUGGAGGCACAAGCAUUGUGCGGCAUCUCCAUGUUCUCAUCGCCAACAAGUGUAUUAGAAUUUGUGCUCGAAUAAUUAGGGUUUUAGAGAGAGAAGUGGAGGGGGCUAGAGCGGUUGUUAUUGUGGAUGUUUACUUGCCCCUUUCUCUCUGGUCUGGUUGGCAAUUCCCCAAGUUUGGCGCCAUGGCUGCUUCUCUCUUCGCCCACUUGAGCUGUAAUUGGGAAGAGAGGAAUACAUUGCUUGAAUACCCUGAAAAUUAUGAAAAAGUUAUUCAGGGAGAUGGUAACCGCAUUUGGAACCCUUCUGAUUGUCAUGUCCUUGGAUGCAAAGUCCACUGUAGUAGAUCAGGUUCCAAAAAGAAAAACCCAUUUGAACUUCAUGAGAUCUUCAAGAACUUACCUGGUCUGGGGAUGGAGAAGAGGUCAUAUUAUGCUAGAAUCAGAUCUGAAACUGCUCCUUUGGGUUCUGGUAUAUGGGAUUUAUCUGACGACCUCUUGACUGGUGUUUUAAGUGCUCUUAACCCAAAGGACCUCAUUAAGGUUUCUGCUACAUGUCGCCAUCUAAGGUCCUUGGCAGUGUCAAUCAUGCCCUGUAUGAAGCUUAGGCUUUUUCCCCAUCAGCAAGAAGCAGUUAAGUGGAUGUUGCAGAGAGAACGCCAUGCUGAGGUUCUUCCACAUCCUCUUUAUAUGGAUUUUUCCACCGAGGAUGGGUUCCAUUUUUAUAUCAAUUCAGUUUCUGGUGAGAUAUCUACUGGGGCUGUUCCCACUAUCACAGAUUUUCGGGGGGGACUGUUUUGUGAUGAGCCUGGAUUGGGGAAAACCAUAACUGCACUCUCCCUUAUCCUCAAAACCCAUGGAACAUUGGCUGGACCACCAAGUGGUGUGGAGGUUAAAUGGUGUUCUCAUAAUCCCGAUGAGCAAUGUGGGUAUUAUGAACUCAGUGCAAAGAGUAACUCUACUCCAUCUAAAAUCACUUCGUCUUGGAAAAGGCUCUUGGGACAGAAUGGGCGGAGGGGGCAAAUAAGUUCUGAUAUGUUUUCUCCAGAAAAUAAAUUUGAAGAAACACCAAUUAGCUCAAAUUCUUCAAAAUGGGCAUUAGUGUUACCAACUACCCAUUCUACAUCAUCUAGGGAUUCCUUGUCCAAAGUUAGACUUUCUUUGCAGAAAACCCAUUUUGUUCGGUGCACCAGAAGCUUGACCAGAGUGAAGAGAAACCUUCUGGAGACUUAUGGGCAGGAAUCUGGCUUAAGUCAUGAAGAAGAUAAGCUGGAGAAAGAGGUUCAUGAAAAGCGAAGCAUAUUGAGUGGUCCUAAAGCUGAAACUUGGUUAAAAGAGGGUAGUUUUUCUUUUUCACCAACAUCAGAUAAUCGGAAGAAGCCUAAGAAUAUUCAUGGUGGGGGUUCUGAAUUAAACGAGACUUGGGUUCAGUGUGAUGCUUGUAGCAAGUGGCGGAAGCUCUCUAAGGACAAAAGCAUACCUGAUUCUAAGGUUGCCUGGUUUUGCAGUAUGAACAGUGACCCAUUUCACCAAAAUUGCACUGACCCGGAGGAGUCUUGGGACUACAGCAAGUCCAUAACAUACUUACCUGGAUUCCAUAACAAAGAAGCACCUUCUGGAGAGGAGCAAAAUGUAUCAUUUUUCAUGGGUGUACUUAAGGAGCAUUGUUCAUUAAUAAACAACGAAACAAAAAAGGCUUUAACCUGGCUAGCUAAUCUUUCCUCUGAUAAACUUUUACAGAUGGAAACAACAGGAAUUGCACCUCCACCAUCUUUAAAUAUGGUUGCUGUCUCAGGAAAAGAUGUCCAUAAUUACCGUGAAAUUUUUCAAGCAUUUGGCCUUACAAAAAGGGUUGAAAAGGGUGUUAUUAGGUGGUUUUAUCCUCGCAACCUCCAUAAUUUGGCAUUUGAUUUGGAUGCUCUGAAAAUUGCCUUAACCAAACCACUGGAUAUAUUCAGGCUGUAUUUGUCAAGAGCAACUUUAAUUGUUGUCCCAGCAAAUUUAGUGGAACACUGGAAAAACCAAAUUUUUAGGCAUGUUAGUCCUGGGCAAUUGCGUGUUUAUGUAUGGACUGAUAACAAGAAACCUCAAGCCCACAAUCUUGCGUGGGACUAUGACAUUGUCAUUACAACCUUUCACCGUUUAAGCAUAGAAUGGGGCCGGCGAAAGAGGAGUGCUUUAAUGGAAGUGCAUUGGCUUAGGGUUGUGUUGGAUGAGGGGCACACACUUGGGGCUGGUCUAAACUUGACAAAUAAAUUACAAAUGGCCAUCUCUUUGGCUGCUUCAGCUCGGUGGUUAUUAACUGGAACACCCAUCCCGAACACACCCAGUAGCCAAGUUGCUCAUCUUCAACCCAUGUUGAAAUUCCUCCAUGAAGAGGCUUAUGGGGAUAACCAGAAGUCAUGGGAAUGUGGUAUUCUCAGGCCAUUUGAAGCAGAAAUGGAGGAGGGGAGGAUGAGGCUUUUGGAGCUUCUUAGGAGGUGCAUGAUUAGUGCCAGGAAAGCAGAUUUACUAACAAUCCCUCCUUGUAUCAAGAAGAUAACUUUCCUCCAUUUCACUGAAGAGCAUGCUAAGAGUUACAACGAACUGGUGGUUACAGUUCGUAGAAAUAUUCUAAUGGCGGAUUGGAAUGAUCCUUCUCAUGUUGAGUCUCUCCUAAAUCCCAAGCAAUGGAAGUUCAGGAGCAAUUUGAUCAGGAACGUGAGGCUGUCUUGCUGUGUUGCUGGGCAUAUUAAAGUGACAGAUGCAGGUCAAGAUAUCCAGGAAACGAUGGAUAUACUGGUGCAACAAGAUCUGGAUCCUGAUUCGGAAGAGUAUGUUCUCAUAAAGUACGCACUCCUGAAUGGGGGUAAUUGUAUCAGAUGCAAGGAAUGGUGCCGCUUGCCUGUUAUCACGCCAUGCAUGCAUUUGUUGUGCCUCGAUUGUGUUGCCCUAGACAGUGAGAGGUGUACCUUUCCUGGAUGUGGGCAUCCAUAUAAGAUGCAGAGUCCUGAAAUACUAACCCGUCCAGAAAACCCUAAUCCCAAGUCUGUUCCUCAAGAUCUUAUUGAGUUGCAACCAUCAUAUAAACAGGAUAAUUGGGAUCCAGAUUGGCAAUCAACAUCAAGUAGCAAAGUUGCCUAUCUUGUAGAGAGUUUGAAAGCCUUGCAAGAGGCAAAUAGACAGUUGGGUUAUUGUCUUGAUAAAAGGGAUGGUCUAGGAGCAACCAGAGAGGUUCCUUUAUCUUAUCCAAAUGAUUGUUCAGAUGAUUUAAUACAUGAUGAAAGCAUGAAUUUCAAUAAAGGACUACCUGAGAAAGUGAUCAUAUUCUCACAGUUUCUUGAGCAUAUACAUGUCAUUGAACAGCAGUUGACAGUUGCUGGAGUCAGAUUUGCUGGAAUGUAUAGUCCAAUGCAUUCGAGCAACAAGAUGAAGUCGCUGAUGACUUUUCAACAUGAUGCAAACUGUAUGGUGCUUCUAAUGGAUGGCAGUGCAGCCUUGGGUCUGGAUUUAAGCUUUGUUACUCAUGUUUUUUUGAUGGAACCUAUAUGGGACAGAAGUAUGGAGGAACAGGUUAUUAGUCGUGCCCACCGCAUGGGAGCAACUCGUCCCAUUCAUGUGGAAACAUUGGCCAUGUAUGGUACCAUUGAAGAGCAAAUGCUGGAAUUCUUACAGAACCCUACUGAGUGCAGAAGAGCCUUUAAAGAAGAUAUUUGUGCCAUAGAACAUGAAGGGAAACGGGCUCAUCGUACAUUGCAUGAUUUUGCUGAGAGUAAUUAUCUAGCACGGCUUAGCUUUGUGAGGACUUGAGUUGGGUCCUGAAGGACCUUCAAUCUCUGUAAAUAUAUAUCGCUCUGACGAUUGCCAGCAAACUCAAGCUCUAUAGGCUGUGAUUCUCCGGGUAAUUUGCCCUAGGUCGGAUGGGCCAUUCAAUUUUGUUUAGGAAAUUAUUGACCAUUGGCCAUUUGGAAAAAGAAUUUGAGAAUACUAGUUGUUUUUAGUUGUGGAAAGAUCAAACAGGAGCAUUAGAAAAAUGUAAAGGAUGUAACAUGACUUUCAAAGUUUGUAAGAAUCCAAUUAACUGUAUAUGGAACCGUAGAUCUCACCAUUUACGAUCCCAAGUCUCUAAAAACUGUGCAGAAGUCUAAAUCAUGUCGUUUUUAAGAGCAA